AAAAAUUGCGAUAAGUCUAAAGCAGCAUAUUUUCCAGAAAUUUAUUGGACGUCCUUUUGUUUUGUAGUGGCAAAUUUCGCAUCAAAAAUUGUCGCAAGGUCACGGUGUGAGGUCAAUCGUCCCGAGAUGAAGUUUUUUAUGCAAAUGUUAUCAUACUUAUUCCAUGUGGUCUUCUCCUACAUUCGCCCUUUAUUUAAGUUCAUUGUUCGGCAAAUCACAGGAAAAUGUGAAAUUAGCCGUAUAGUGGCCAACUACCCUAAAGGAGCAUCGAGAACACUUGGAAUAGAAAACUCCCUCAGGAGUUCGAAAAAUAAUUGUGUCAGAAAAGGACUCUUCUUGGAUAAAAGUACCGACGCUGAAACUUACGUGAAGCUUGUUAUAAAGGUUAAAGGGAUAAACCUUAACCAGCAGCCCAAUUUUCCAAUCGACUAUGCUUACUGUAUAAAUCAAAUUAAUUCUUAUCGUGAAUUAACAAGUAAACUCGAGGUCUUAAGAUCUACUGAGUUCAAGUGGGAAGAUAAAUACCACGCUGAACUGCUUUCAAGGUUGUGGAAUUUCUUGUGUCCCAGCGACCAUGAAUUAUCCCACAAUGAUAAACAGUGGACACUUCUUGGAUUUCAAACAGAGAAUCCUGGCACUGAUUUUCGCGGGAUGGGUCUGCUUUCUCUGGAAAAUCUUGUGUACUUUGCAGAAACGCAUACAAAGUUAGCUAGAAGUAUUUCUUCAGCAUCAAAUCAUCCUAAAAAAUGGUAUCCAUUUGCUGUGGUUGGUAUCAAUCUUACAAAGCUGUUAUAUAGUUUCAUGCUGAGAGGUUAUCUUAAAAAUCAAUUCUACAAUACAUCGUCAUCAGUGAGUAUGCAGGAUUUCAAUGAGUUCUACUGUUACACUUUUUAUUCUUUUCAUGAAUUUUGGAUGAAAACAUCACGUGAUAUCAUGUUAUUCAAUGAAUAUCGAAAUGAUUUUGAGAAUAAAUUGAAAGAACGCCUGCUGAAUGUAAACUGUAGACUAUGCCUACCAGAAGGUAAGUAAACAAAUGACUGGCGGUAUCGUUGUAUCUCUAUCUAUCCAUCUAUCUAACUGCUGAAAUGUGUACACAACAUUCAUAAUUGUCCUAUAACAGAAUGUAUCUGAUCUUAUUUUGUUGAUGUUCCACUCAAUGAUUGUUAGUUUUGAUUGAUCGAUUUAAAGUUCCAUUGGCUUAUUUAUACAUGUAUUCUUUCUUAUGCAUUCAAUGGUUGGUUACAUCAAUGUGUGAUUAUUGUCGUCUCCAUCUUUGCCUCUGCGUUCCUCAGGGGGGGAUCUCAGCUUAUUUAAUAUUCCUUUGUUCCCUAUUUUUUCUCUCUCUCAUCAAUAUCUUUUAUUAUUUCAGUAAGCAUAAUAACUAACUACUUACUCUGUAGUGCAUGCAUAUAACGAUAAGUUUUUUUUUGAAUUGACAAAAGCAAAUUCAACGUCUUUCAUAUAAUAUUCUUCUUAUCUAUUCGUGAUAUUUUCUUUUGUUAUGUAAUAAGCUUAAAUUUUAUGUUUUUUUU